AAACACCAGGCCCAAUGUCAGACUCCACCCUAGGAGAACUUUUGAACUUGGAUGAAGAGAAGCUGCGUGAGGCUGCGUGUUAUGGUGAUGUUUAUACCCUGGCUGAACUUGUUCGUAAGGGAGUUGAUGUCAACAGCGCAAACGCCGUGAACGGCUGGACUGCACUUCAUUGGGCUUGCCAACGAGGGCACAGCAGUGCAGUAGAGUUCCUGUUGCGCUCAGGAGCUGACCCGAGCUUAGCCAACCACCGCAACCAAACUCCAGCUCAGCUCACCACCUUGCCGCAUAUCAGGACCAAACUUGGCUUUUGUGCCUCAGCUCUCACGCCAUCUUCUCCAACAAAUUCACCAUCUCACCACUACAAUGUUAAUUCUGCUGCAAAUUCACCAAUUACUAAUGGUUAUGUCAACAACACCUCAUCCACUGACCAUGUUAAUAGAAACAUUAGAGAUAUUAAUGACGGCUGUGAGAAUGAAGGGACCAGCAGCAGCGACUCCAUAUAUGGUGGAGGCAGCACCAGAACUGGGACCAGCAGUCGCUCUCUCAGCACACAGUCAUCCAUCACCAGCAACCACAGCACUGGAAACCAUAGUCAGCACAGCACUGGAAACCAAAGCCACCACAGCACUGGAAACCAAAGCCACCACAGCAGUGGAAACCAAAGCCAACACAGCACUGGAAACCAAAGCCAUCACAGCACUGGAAACCAAAGCCAACAAAGUAUUACCGGAAACCAUGGUAUUAAUAGCAAGACUAAGCACAGUGUGAUGAACCAAGGCAUUGUUAACCAUAAAGAUGUAAGUGGUGCAUGCAAUGCAAGCCGCAGUAGCAGGGGCUCUGAAAUUUUAUCCCAUUUCUCCAAUGGCGAAGACAAGAAAUUCUGUGAUCCACGUCAGGCGUCUGGCUCUAUUCAUUCUCCUCCCCCAUUUCCCCCAUCUUUCAGGGCAUCGCCACCCCCUUUUCUUGCGUCACCACCUUCUUCCCCAUCUCCUCCUCCCCAUCUACCGUUUGUUCGCGGGAAUAUCCCCACUGGUUUAGGGGAAGUUAGUGGGUCUGCUCGAUGUACUCCCCCUCCGCUCCCCAAGUCUCCUUCAGAGAUGGACUUAGGGGCUGAGGCUUUGGAUAUUGGAAAUCACCACUCAAAUGGGAUCCAUUCCCCUCUACAUCAUCCUUGUAAUUGGCAGGAUCGCCAGAUUAAUUUGAAUCUCAAGCAGCUUGAUGAUCCGAAAGCUUAUUCUUUUAUUGAAGAAAAGGAACAAAUUUCUCCCAGUCAACCUGAAUACGAAUCUGUUUUUAACAAGAAUAUAGUUCAGUCCAACGACUGGAAGGUUGAUUUUGACGCCAAUUUUACUGCGGAAAAACAAGAUUUUUCGUCCCUAGGACUUGCAGAAAAAAGUCCUAACCACAAUGACAUCCCAGUUGAAAACAAUAACUUUGAGAUUUCUGAGGACCUCGGAGGAAUAGAGUUUAGUGCAGGGAUCUUAAACAAUGAAGAUGAUUUGUACGGUCAAUUUGUUCAAGGCGAACAAGCGUCAUUCACACCUUCGCCUGAAAGUUUCCAGCCUGAAUAUGUUAACUCGGGAAUGGACCAAGUAGAAUUUCCCGAGUCUGAUAUUUCCCAGUUGCCAUCAACUGACUCCAACAUUUUUCAACUUGAUGAAACUGAUACCGGAAUUCGCCAACAUGGAACAUCAGCUCAUGAGAUUCCACAUUUCAAACAGGAAGAUGAAAUCAUCGAUAUCAAUCAUGGGCACCAGAAGAGUGAUGACCAAAAUCAUGAUCAUGUCGAAGUUCAUAUGAAUAAUGUUGAGUCGUCAGCUUUUUCUGAUAUUUUUUGUUCUUCGAGUCUGGUUUUCCCCUCUGGGAAAGAUCCAGAGGAGACGCAAGAUGUGAAUAUUGAUUUAUUUUCCUCCAAUAUUCAUGAAAAUUCACGUGAUGGAACCAAGGAAGAGCUUGCAUCUGAUUGUGAUCCACUCGAUCCAUCCGAUCGUAAUUCAAAUAUGGAAGCUGAAGCUUCUGUUACAGAUGGCAAAAUGGAAAUUCUCUUGCAUAAGAAGUCAUUGUGUGACAAACUUAUUGAAAAGAACGAUGAAACUGCAAUCAAUUUUGAAGAAUCAAUCAUGAAAUCCCAAGAGGAUUGCGAUGUAACUACCACCAAUCUUAUCCGCUUUAGCAGCAACCAAUCUCUAAAUAAUCUCGCAGACAAUCCUUCCGUGUCCACAAUUAGUUUGGGAGGGCAGGCGUUUGAUUCGAUGAUGGAGGAUAACAUGCAGAUUCUCAGUUCUGUUGAUAAAACAAUGGAUCUUCAUGAACUUAUAGAAGAAAAAUUGGAUAUUAAGAGCCCUAAGUCUGCAUCUCCUAGAACUCUGGAUGUUUCUGGACCCGAAGACAUGGAAGAACUACGCCAUGAAAAUGUUGGUGGUACGGAUGGUUAUUCUCAUCCUAAUUCACUCUUCGAGAACGUUAACAAAGUCCCAAUAUAUUGCGGUUCUUUUCUUGAAAAGAAAUCACAAUUACACGAUACUGCAUACAAUGAGAAUCACGAAGAAAUUAAAAUCAAGGGGAUUUCUAAGACCGAUAACAUUGGAAACCAAGCUUCAAAAGAUCAAAACUUGGAAGACAAACCAGUAACGCUGGACAGUGAAAAAUUAGAAAAACUGGACAACAAAGAAAACCACGAAGAAAAAAGAAAUGAACGCAGUACACAAAAUAAUUCCAACAACCAAAAUGAACCAAUAAUUUUUAAUAAUAAAAACAUAGCCACAGACUCGAGUGAACUAUGGCACCACAGGAAAUGUUGUUGUUGUUGCUGCUGUUGCAGGAAUAAUAAUCAUCAUGAAGUGAAAACAAGCGUCAAGAAUGAUGUUGAUAUUAAUGUUGACAGUGUUGAAGCUCCUGCACCUACAUUAAAAAUUGACCGAGCUGUUGCUACGGAUCCUGUCCCGCCCGAGCAGCAUCAGGUCAUGUCAACCCACCUCUACCUCAACCCCCACCACGUACAGCGUGUUAGGAAGCUGCCGAACACGAGGCUGCGGAGCGACGCGUGUGUGUCGCGCCUGACGUCCGGCGCGGAACUGGAGCUCGUCGUGACGGGGCGCCCCGCUGCUGCUGGACGCCCCAACGCGGGUGCCAACGCGGCCUUUGGCGCCCGCCCUAUCCUCUACUAGGACACCAGCGCCCGCCCUAUCCUCUACUAGGACACCAGCGCCCGCCCUAUCCUCUACUAGGACACCGGCGCCCGCCCUAUCCUCUAUUAGGACACCGGCGCCCGCCCUAUCCUCUAUUAGGACACCGGCGCCCGCCCUAUCCUCUACUAGGACAUCAGCGCCCGCCCUAUCCUCUAUUAGGACACCGGCGCCCGCCCUAUCCUCUAUUAGGACACCGGCGCCCGCCCUAUCCUCUACUAGGUUACCUAUCCUCUAUAACUUAUAGUGUUAAAUUUAUCAUGAAUUGUAUUCCAUUUUAUUUCAAAUUCAUUAUUCAAUUUAAAUAUAAAUUUAUAUUUAUAGUGAACUGUAUUACAGGCAUUUAAUCAAUAUACUAUCAGUCCAACUUACUUGAACAUUAAUCUAGCGGCAGUGCAAAUUUGCUUUUGCUAAUUUAUUUAGCACUAAUUUACAUCAUUAACGCUUUCGUUCACUAGCAUCAUGAACGCUCUCUUUCACUAGCGAACGCAAUUUAUUACUAAUAUUAAUUAGUUUUUCCGCAUGAAAAUAGAACAACGAAAAGCCCUUAAUUGUGAUCGUCUAUUGUUUGUAAGUUUUUCUUCGAUUUUUCAGGCCUAUGCUUAGGCUUCAUAUUAAACUUUAGCCAUAUUAUCCAAGUUUAUGCGCACAAAAUUCUAUUCAUAAAAGAUCCCCAUUUGAAUUUUUCUAGAUGGUUUGUUGGCUUUACUGGAAUUUAUUUAAUGAGAAUUUAUCGGUUAAUUAAUAUAGGAAAAGAAGUUUUUUCAGUGUUAACUGCACUGCGAUCUCAUUAAAUAAUGUUUAUCUUUACGCUGGCCAUUGCGAUCUCAUUAGUAAUGUUGAUGUUAAUCAUUUAAUUAGAGGCACAUUUAGUGUGAUGCACAUCGUGACUAGCUAGAGAACCCACUAGUCAUUUUAUCUAGUCAAUAUAUAGUGGUUGAUGCAUAUAAUAUAUAGUUCGUGUAGCUAGAAUAUUCUCAGCUAGUUUAUAGUUAGAAAUUUUGACUGUAGAAUGAAGUUGUGCUAACGUCUAGCUUAGAGUUCAGAAAGUAAGGUGAAGUAUUGCUAAAGUUGAUGUGAAUUUUGGAGGAAAGUUGAGAUUUGGCUAAAAAUUAAGAAGUUGAAGUAAGAUUUGACUGGAAGGAACUUGAACUUCUGGCUGAAACUUGUGACAAGUUUGGCCUAAAGUUGAACUUUUCAUGUUGUUGAUGAACGUGUUAAAGUCUUUAAAUUAUCUCGUCAAAAAUUACCACUGUGGAACUUAGGUAUCAAUUAUCUGUGGGCAUUAAAAAUGUGAACCUUUAUGACAAAUAUGAAAGAAUUUGUUCGUAAAAUCGGCUUUGGAUCCGUUCUAAAUUUUGUAAUAUCUUCAUUUUUCUUCAAUAAGGGCAACCGGAAACAGCUUUCAGUGUGUUAAGUCAAUGAACUUACGACCGCGGGUUCCUUGACAGUAUAUGUUAAUUUUUUUAGUAUAUAUAGUUGUCUUCGGUGUACUCAGUUCUUAAUAAGUGUAUAUUGUUAUAGCAUAUAGCUGUAUACCUGGGUUAAUUAUCUGUGUAGUGAGAGCGAAUAGUUUAAUUCACACACGCUUGACGUCACCUGCACAUCAAAAUUUUAUUCAGACCUUUAUUUAGAAUUGAUAUUUAAAUGAGUAGUUAAGUUGAUAUAUUCAGGUUUAAACACUCGUUUCAUUUAUUGACGCUUAUUGUAAUUUAAUAAUUUGUUAAAGGCUUAAAAAUGCUGCCGCACUGAUGACACGUUGAUAUCAGCAUUAUUAUUUGUAUUGUUG